CUGGGGUCUCUAUGGGGUCUCUAGGAGGUCUAUGGGAUCAAUGGGGUCUCUAUGGGGUCAAUGGGGUCUCUAUGGGGUCUCUAUGAGGUCUAUGGGAUCAAUGGGGUCUCUAUGGGGUCAAUGGGGUCUCUAUGGGGUCUCUAUGAGGUCAAUGGGGGCUAUGGGGACUAUGGGGUCUCUAUGGGGUCAAUGGGGUCCCUAUGGGAUCUCUAUAGGGUCAAUGGGGUCUCUAUGUGGUCAAUGGAGUCUCUAUGGGGUCUCUAUGAGGUCUAUGGGGUCUCUAUGAGGUCUAUGGGGUCAAUGGGGUCUCUAUGGGGUCACUGGGGUCUCUAUGGGGUCUCUAUGAGGUCUAUGGGGUCACUGGGGUCUCUAUGGGAUCAAUGGGGUCUCUAUGGGGUCUCUAUAGGGUCACUGGGGUCUCUAUGGGGUCUCUAUGAGGUCUAUGGGGUCAAUGGGGUGUCUAUGGGGUCUAUGGGGUCUCUAUGGGGUCUCUAUGGGGUCGCUAUGAGGUCUAUGGGGUCAGUGGGGUCUCUAUGGGGUCACUGGGGUCUCUAUAGGGUCAAUGGGGGCUAUGGGGUCUUUGGGGUCAAUGGGGUCCUCUAUGGGGUCUAUGGGGGCUAUGGGGUCUGUAUGGGGUCUCUAUGGGGUCCCUAUGGGGUCUCUAUGGGGUCUAGGGGGGGUUUAUGGGCUCUAUGGGGUCUCUAUGGGGUCUAUGGGGUCCAUGGGGUCAAGGGGGCGUCUAUGGGAUCUAUGGGGUCUCUAUGGGGUCUCUAUGGGGUCUCUAUGGGGUCUUUGGGGUCAAUGGGGUCAAUUUGGGGUCUCUAUGAGGUCUAUGGGGUCAAUGGGGUCUCUAUGGGGGCUAUGGGGUCUCUAUGGGGUCUCUAUGGGGUCUAUGGGGUCACUGGGGUCUCUAUGAGGUCUAUGGGGUCAAUAUGGGGUCAAUGGCGUCUCUAUGGGGUCUCUAUGGGGUCAAUGGGGUCUCCAUGGGGUCAAUGGGGUCAAUGGGGUCUCUAUGGGGUCUCUAUGGGGUCUCUAUGGGGUCAAUGGGGGCUAUGGGGACUAUGGGGCCUGUAUGGGGUCAAUGGGGUCUCUAUGGGGUCUCUAUGCGGUCUAUGGUGUCAAUGGGGUCUCUAUGGGGUCUCUAUGGGGUCUAUGGGGUUUCUAUGGCAUCUCUAUGAGGUCUAUGGGGUCUCUAUGGGGUCUCUAUGA